AUGGAGGAAUCUUGGGAUGCUGCAAUGGCGGAAUCUUGGAAUCUAAUGUCAAAAGCCAAGGAUUUUCUCAUGACUAAAACCUCAAACGAAGAAGUAGCAAAAGCAAUCAGCCCACUCUUUAUGCAUCAAGAAACCCGCGAGCACCAAGCGGCUCUUGCUCUGUACGAAUGCUGCGUCGCCAAUUUCGCAGGUUUCUUAACCCUAAAGCUUCUCAAGGCGUAUCGAAACUCUCCCGACGGCAUCUUCCGAUUCCGAACGAUCCAUCUUCUUUCCGAAGCAAUCGCACAAUCCAGAAACCGCAACUUCCGGUUCCCUCUCUCCGUUCUCCGUCUCGCCAAGCCCCUUUUGAUCUCAUGCCUAAAAAUGCAAGAAACGAAACAAUCCGACAUCAAGAUCCUCCAUAGAGUCGUCUCCUUCGUCGCCUACAACGUCGCGCUGUUAGAUGACGGCGGAUGGGACGAGCUCAACGACUUUAUCCUCUCGCUCGCUAGUACCCAAACCCUAAAUGCUUUCUCUGUCUUCGUCGAUUUACCUGCAGUCUACGGGAAACUCAUCAGCACAGAAGCUAUGCAGAGUGUGUUAGAUAAAGCCAAGGUGGUUUUGCUUAACCCUGAGAAAGGUAAAGCCGGAGAUUGGAUCUUGGCUUUGGAAACUCACUUGAAAAUCGGUGUUCAGCGAUCUGGUUUUACAACAAAGGUUAGAGACAAUGUUGUGAGGUCAGCAAGAAAGGUGGUGGCGAUGGGAAUGGAAGAGUUUCUUGAAAGAGCGCUUGAAGAUCUCACCAAGUUCUUGGCACGAGACGCGAGUCUGUGUAGAUACAGUAAGGAGCAACUCAAUUUCGUUGAGGAGUUAGCAUUUCAGAUCGCAGCUUGUUACCAAAGCGAAGACGACAGCCAAGAGGUCGCGAGUGAUAUGAGACGUGUGGUUAAGAAACCGAACAAGUAUAGCGAUGAACAGGGAACAGGGUUUGAACGUGACUGGUGUGACUACUUGACGAAUCUAUCUUCCUUGGAGAUCUUGAGAGUCUUCGCAACAGCUGAUCUUGGAGAGACGUCUAGAGAAUUGGCGAUAAGACAGCUUAACCACUUACUCUCUAAUCACACAACGAAGAAAGUGGAGAUAGAGAUUACAACGAUGAGACAACUCCAGCCAUUGCUCAUCUCUUGCCUUCAGGAGGAAGGACUCUCGGACAGCAUGUUCAAAGUCCUAGGUGAAGUGGUGUUCCAUGUCGCAAACGAGAUGCUAAGCUACCAAGAGGACAAAUGGUUCCAUCUAUGGGAGUAUAUCGGAUCACAGUGUAAAACAAAGUUCCAGAGAGCAGUUUACGUCUUCCAGUGCUUAACAAUGAAGCUUGGGGAUGGAGAUUUUUUUAUUCCUGUGAUUGUUGAAAAGCUUCUCCCAGAGAUAGUAACAAGGCUAAACCCACCAGGAGAGUUGUUGGUAGAUAACAGUUGCUGGGUCAUGGCGUUUGUUGGUGCCUUCUGUGUAGCGAAUCACUUGGUAGAGGUCUCGAGUCAUGCUGAUUCCGUUGAGGAGAUUACGUUGAAGAUGGUGGAUUCAGUGAGAGAGCUUGUGGAAAGAGGAAUGGAAGUUGGGAUUGUGAUGAGAGCUUUCAGAGACGUUGAAAGCAUUUUCAAGAAACAGUCGAAAUGGUACAGUACGAGCAACUACAAAUUCGUAAAGGCUCUGCUUUUGAGGCUCUGUGAAAUCAAUGACAUGAAGAUGGAGAGUAGGAUGGUGUUAUGGAGAAUCAACAGUACUGUGGACAUGAGGAUUAGCUUACCUGAGGCUUAG